GAAAUGCGACACUCGAAUCUAGUUUGUUUAUUUCUGAAAACAAAAAGUUCAAAUGACUGGCUUCCCUAAAAAUAUCAAAAUCAGUUGAAGUGCGUUGUAGUACUUGAGAUUAUCGGAACUGCAAAGCGACGUCUACUUUUUUAGAUCGAACAAAACAUUUAUCAGCUACGAUUGUUCCUUUUAAUUAAUCAUAGAAAAAGCGUGAAAAAUCUUAUCUGUGAGUCCAACAAUACUAUCUUGGUAGUAGUUGGAGAAUGCAAGGAAGCAUUUAGAACUUUUAGAUUUUAUUUUUGUUUAGUAAAUGGGCAGGAGAUGCGUCGGAUAAAUAUUUGCGCUUUCAUUGCUGCGCAUGUUUGGUAUUUAUGCUCAGUGGAAGGAUACAGGACUUUUUCAAUGAAAGAAUUAGGAAGCUGUUCCAAUAAUAGAUCCGUUGAAAUAGAACUAUCGCCUAUGUCAUGGAAUUCAUCUGGAAUUUUAAUCUCUGACUGGAACUUUUGGUAUGAACCACAUUUGCAUUGUGAGGUUAUUCUACGACCACCACCUUCAUAUGGGGUUGUUGUUAGCAUUAAAUUUAUAGAUUUACUGCCACAUGCGGAUAAUUCAUCAUCAUGUCAAAAUUAUUUAGAGAUAUCAUCAGAACGAGGUUUCAAAAAUACCAGACUUUGCGGUUAUAGUUAUGAUUCAUACGAAUUUCAAUCAUAUAUUUAUUGGGGAAAGACUAAUAUUGUGUUUCACACUUCAGAUACCCGGGACGUCAGUAAUGCAGCAUUUCAGCUAACCUUUACUGUUGUACGAAGAGGUUACAACUGGUGUUUCAAAGAAGAAAAAAGAUGUCAUAAUAGUCAUUGCGUUUGGAAAGGACUGAUAUGCGAUGGUCACAAUAACUGCGGAGAUCUCAGUGACGAACUGGAUCCAUUUAUUGCUCAGUGUUCUUCAUUGUCCUCAGGAGAAUCUCUUGCUGUGAUACUUGUUACCAUCGUUGGAGCAUUAGUUCUGUUAACCAUCGCUGCUUAUCUCAGAGGACCUAAAAUCUCCCAACAAAUUGAAAGAAUGUCUCAAUGCAGACGGGCUGCCUGUCCUAGAAGAGAUCUCGCAGGUCCAGACACAGAAGAGCCAUCAAUCAACACAGUUCCAACGAUUAGUAGGUUGAGGACUAAUUAUGGUACCAUCACAGGAUUAUUGUCCUCUUAUGAUUACAGUGCUCCUCCACCACUUGAUGCUCCUCCUCGUUAUGAUGAGGUCGAAAGCUUGCCUGUUGCAAGUAACGUCGUUGUUGAAACUUCUACGAAUUCGAAUAGGGAAUUAACUGCGGUUGAAGCAAAUCAUUGAAAUACGAAUGAUGUUGCAUCAUUGCGAGUUUGUAAACAAUAUAAGUUUGUGAAAAAAUGUUUGCAGAAUAAAGCAAACUUCAUCUGAAAAAUAAAAUGAACUUUUUUUUUUA